UACUUCUUGCGCAUGUAUCCCACAAACAGCGAUCGAGAGUGGUGCUGGAAAAGCGGUUUAUUCAGUCGAUGAAAGCUGUUUGAUGAAAGAGCACUUCUAUAUUUAUGGUUUGCUGUCUCAACUUCAACUUGCCUUUUCUUUCUAUCUUUAUUAGAUGUUAACCUACUGUCGCUCCUGUGGUCUUCGUUGUGAAAAUAUACCGCUAUGGUCGAAUCUGCCAGCAAAAGGGUAGCAUUUUUUCUCGUGCAUGUGACGUGCGUAUAAUAACAAGUGAGGAUUGACGAUUCAGUGAAAUCUGAGACCGAGCUGAUUUAUAAAAGCUUUCCAUAUCCCCGGGAAAGGAGCUAAUGCCAUUCAACUAGAUUGGCAGGAUACGGCAUCUACUGAAUGGCCAUGACAUUCACCAAGUAUAAUACCAGAUUCAGGAAAGGGGGAAUAGGUGUAUAAAGAAGAGGGCACUAAACAGUUUGCACACAAACUCUCAAUGUAAGGUUCGUACUGGUUUUUAUAUCUAUAAUAUUCAUGUAAGACCUUGCUGACGUCUAAGAUGGAAUGGAGGAAAAUUUGAUUUCAGCUUCAUGACAUACCUGGCAAAUUUUUCAUCCUUUCAAAGGAUGAUCAUCUCGAAUAUGUCGACCACUGACCCAUAUAUUCCUCUUGACUGCAGGGAGCAAAGUAAUCGCGACAUCGCAGACAUCGUAAUUGCCAUCUUAGACAUUCUUCUGUGUCUUUUAGCUGUCCUGUGUAACGGCACUGUGGUAUUUAUAUUGUACAGGAAACCCAAGCUAAGGAGUAAAUCAAACAGCCACCUCAUGAAUUUAGUCAUCGGAGAUUUCAUGUAUUGCCUUACCCUUCCGCUGACCGUGGCGAGCUGUCUACAGGGUGGUUGGACGUACGGAUUUGUUUUCUGUCAGAUUCAUGGCUUCUUCAUGCUCUGGGCCAUAAUAGGCAUUGAAUUCAUAUUUCCAAUCUUGGCAAUUUAUCGGCUAAUCGUCAUGUCAAGGUCGCAGAAUAGAUUUGCAGAGUUUUACAAGUCUCAGACCCUUGCAUUGUAUUUGGUAACCUGGAUCCUUGCUGGGCUCUGUGCUCUUCCGCCACUGGUAGGUUGGGGAAGUCUGACACCAUGCGAUGGGUUAAACAAAUGCUUUGUAAGGUUUAGUGACACGGAAUCUUACGUCAUAUUCCUAAUUAUUAUUACAACCGUCAUUCCACUCAUCACCAUGGCAUUUUGCUACACCAAAGUUAUUAUCACUGUUCGCCAAAGUUCCAAGCGAGUUCAGCAUACCACAAACAACAUAUUGUCAGCCUCUGUUGCUUCCUUAGCCGUGUGUGAUGACCAAAGUACCCUUCGUGUCCCUUCACCUGCGCCUCCUGUCUUGUACACAGACAGAGAUUUCUUGCCUUUGCCACCUCGGCAGAACUUACCCAAAUCAAACGUCAAUCAACGAAGAUCAAGUCUUGCUUCGGCAACGGGAGGCCGAUCACGGGACAAUGCUCGACGCUUCUCUCUUGCUUCUAUCGCCUCAUCCACCAUGUCCAGCGUCCGACCCAGCGAACAGCGCCUAGGUCGAUCCCUUGCACUGAUAAUAGCGUCUUAUCUUUUCUCCUGGGUACCCGUCAUUGUCUUCACAUUACAGGCAACCUUUAAACCAAACACACCACCCGACUUCUGUAUAAAAAUGAUCCAAAUGUUCCUAUAUCUACAUGUGGCAAUGAACCCUCUGGUGUAUGGUCUUCUAACUGAUCCACUGCGGAGCGUCCUCUCUGGAUAUUUUAGACGAGGACGCCUCGGAAGCUCUCAGGAGUCACAGCGUUGGGUACCACCAUCAGUAGCCCCAAGUACUCAUCAACCAAAGAAUUCUGAUAAAACAGCUACAAAUUCCGUGGCAUGGAAAGAAAACGAUGAGAACAUUUCGGCGCCGACCUACUCUGGACAUCCAGGGACGAAUCAAGGAAACACCGGAAAGACAGUCGUCAUCAGCCCUGUAUCAGUCUUGUCGACAUCUUCAAAUGUUGAGAGUAAUUUUGUUAGUGACAUUCCAGAUGGGAUGACGCCACAAACAGUUACAAGAUUGUCUGAAAACUGUGAACCACUAAGUGUUAGUGACUGUUGAUAUCUAAUUUUAGCGUUUAAAUGGAAACCAGUAACAUCGUUUUUACUUUAUUAUCAUAAGUACUUUCUUUGCAUCAUGGGAAAGGAGGACCCUUAUGAUAUUCAACUUAAAACAUGUAACGCUUGAUAUGUUCUCAUGAAUCCACUGACAUAAUUUUUUUUUUUUUUUUGGGGGGGGAAUUUAUUUAUAAGUUUCUAUUCUGAAAGAAAGGCUCUCUAGAUACAACGGUUAGUAUUGAUUCUAUUGACCAAAAUCCGAGGCAAAUUUCAUAUACACGCAACUUAGAAAACCUGAAAAAAUUAAGUUUAAGUUGGGGUUAUUCCAAAUAAAAGCGUAUGAUCGGAUUCGGAACGCCGAUAUAUAGUGGACAUAAAUUACCAUCGACAAUGAAACUGUAAUUAAGAUUAUAACAUAAUACCCCUGUAUGAAGAGUACUAUUACUUUAGUUACACGUACUUUGCCAAUGGUUUACGCCAGGUUUGCAACAUAGACAUUGUGAGUGUGCCCGUCUAAAUAACUGAAAUACAAGUAACAUUUUUUGUACCAAAAGAAUGUGGAUAUGGUUUACUCCCUUUUUAGUUAUUUUCAGCUUCUCAUGCAAUCAUGUCUCAGUUGCCCAUAGAGAUGAGAUUAGUCAAUCAGAAAUUAUUGAUGGAUAUGUGAUGAGAUUGAAUUUGUAAGAUUUAGCAUACAUAGAGAACCUGCCGAAUGAAACCGAAGAAGCAAGUCUUAACUGAGGACCAUUCAAUACCACAAAUUGACUGACCCGUAAACCGUAUUUUCGAGGACUUCCUCGCAAAUUUUCAAAUAAAUAUACACGCCAGAUUUGAAAGGAACGAGAUAUUCGGCGAAUAGUGACGGAACACUGAACUGGAUCUUUUAAGAAUUGAAGUUUAGAUAUUUUGUCCUUUAUCGACAAAGUUUAGGUGUAUUUUUAAAUGGUGCGCAUUUUGCGCUCUGCAAAGCGAACAUUGAAACUUGUCGUUUAGGGUUUUCCUUUACUUCUAGUAGAUGGAGAAGAUCAAACCGUUUCUGAUGAUUCUUAUGCAUUCCGUCACGAUUUCUUUGGCGUCAUUCUAGAGAAUUUAUAUCGCAUAAGGAUCUCAGCAAGCGAUUAUCUUUAUUUUUUGAUCUGUCACUCAUGCUCUUGAUACAGCCACUAUAUUAUGUUUGAGACACUAAGAAUAAUUGGAACUGAAAAUGGACAACUUACAAUACAUUCAUUUGAAUUGAUUAGAGGUCAUUUAAUCGUAAAAAGAACACGUCUUUAUAAUAUUACAACAUCUCUGCAUAGAAAGUAAUAUGUUCAUGAAUAUGUUUGCGUAUAAUUUCUGAUAUAUGAGUUUUCACAAUCAUUGUAAACAAUAUCUUCAAGAUUGUAUCUAUAUAUCAAGUUGUUUUUCAUAUUUCACAAAUGCUAUUAUUGAAUAGGCCUACACUAAGAAAUAAAGUGGCCAAGUCUUCUGUGUUUAUUUGUUAUAUGAUAAGAAUAAUUAUGAUAGUUUAUAACAAGCCAAGUUUGUUAAUAUUGGAAAUUUUACAUAAUAUUGAGAAAAAAUCCCCUAAAAUAAUAACGAAAAAUAUAUGAAAGACAUCACUCAUAUACGCAAGAAUCACGUGAUUGAUACUGAUUCAAUAUGAAACAACCACAUUACUUUAGCAUUACGAAAAACGUGUCAUUCCCUCCAUGUCUUGUAAUAUAGGUAUUUGACUUUAUAUUUUGGUCCUUUACUCAUAAACAUCGAAGAGGAAAAUACAUGACGGUAAUGUGUGAUUAACUGUAUUUCAUUGACUGUGUGAAUUAUAACACUGUUUUCAUUUUAUGUUGCACCUAUCCAUAACAAAUAUAUUGAAUAAAGUUACUUGUCCGCACUAUAAUGAUUCAUACAACGAAUUACUUUAGUGGUUUUCUGGUGGUAUAUUUAAACACACUGGGUUCCUAAGUAAGAGCGAUUUUAUUCUCUGAUCACUUUAUCACAGAAUCCUAGAUCUGUGUUGCUAUUAAAUCAAACUUUCGCGUCUUUAAAUUUUUGAAAUUGAAUCAGUAAUUUUUAAUUUUUCUCUUUCUGGGGACAAUUUUAUAUGUGUAUCGUUAAUGACAUUUAAAUGGUUUCAGAGAUUAAAAAAAUACGUUGAAAUUGUCUAGUGAAUGGUCAAUACGUUUUACAGAGCAACUUCAGUAAAUGAGAAAUGUCCGUGUUAACAGCUCUACUUAUUUCUACCUUGUCUUGUUUCUGCGAAGUGGCAUUUGCUCAACGGUUAAGAUUGCCACAUGGUGAAAAACCUAUAUGAAAACAUCAAUGAAACAGACUCUUCUCUUGUAGGUCAUUAUAUUGUCUUUAUUGCACGCAACUAGCUUGCCUGAAUCUGUGAUAACUAUAGGAUAAGUGCAAACUUUGGAAGUGGUGUCUGACCAACUUGCUUGAGGAAAGGUCAAUAUCUUCUUUGAUAUUUUUCCAACAACUGAUAUUUCGUCAACUGCAUACACACAUUGGCUCUCGUCCCAGUAAACGACAUACAUUGUAUCUAAGAGAGGAUCUAAGGAGAAGUCGACAGCUAAUCGCCAUUCGUCGUCCCGUAGGAUUCGCUUUGUGUUGCCAGUUCGAUCUAAAAUGAUGAAUUCUCCUUGACUCGUAGAUACGACUAUUUCACCAGAGGACAUGCACAGGCUCCGCUUACAUUUGGUAUCCUGCAGACGAAUGAUCUUGACGAUAGAACCAUCAGCCGAGUUGAUGAUGUAGAUGUUGGACUGCUUAGCUUCUGACGCAACGAUCAUGUCAUCACAAUCAACGUCUACACUGACACAGGAGAAUGAUCCAGACGUAUUCCUUGGAAUAUAAAAAUCUUUCUUCAGUUUCCAUUUGCUGUCGUACACACAGAUGCACCCGUGGAGAGUCUUCUUAAAGCAUCCUCCCCGAGUUCUUCCACAGAGUAGUGAAUCCUCAUCGAUAGGUGUACAGUAGUUUACCAACCCCCUCCCAUCAUAUUGUAACACUUUGACCAUCUCUCGUUUGGUGGGAUCGAAUACGUACCCUUCUCCCGUUUUGAUGUCUUGAAAGAAAGUGUUUCCCUCAAAGGCACAACCGAGGAUGCGCAAAUCAUUCAUGUAAGAUGGAAUUCUGAAUUCAUCUACUAACUGCCACGAUCCCUGGAGUGUGGAAUAUAACCUAUGGUGCUCUCUCCCAUUUCUUCUUUUCUUAAGUAAAGAUAUGGAGUUCAAAAUGAUUUCCUUUUCCUUGAGGAGUCCUUUCAUUUCGACAGUCCUCUUAAGGGUCCUCUCGAUUUCCGCACACACUUCGACUGACUUCAAAACAAUGUCUUGUUCUGCAUGAAGAACAUGAUUAAUUUUGAUCUUAAGAUCGUGACUGCUUCUAUGGAGCUGUUCCAAAUCACGUCGCAGUUUCUCUAUUCUUGAUUUUAAUAUUUUUUGACAUCUGUAAAUCUCGUUGAGUAUUUCUUUCUUGUUCUCUCGAAGUGGUUUUCUUCGUUUUUCUGCUUCUUCUCGACAGCAUGCCAGGUCAAUGUCCUUCUUUUGCAGCAGCAGCUUCAUUUUCUCCUUGUAUUCCUCCUCAAUUGUUUUUAUUGCUUCUUCCUCCCUUUCACUUUCCUUCUCAAGAGCUUCAUCAUAAUGCUUUAUUACUUCAUCUUCAAUUUUCUGGAACGAUUUCUCCAAAGCCGGUACACUGUCUGACACCUGAUGGAGACAAUCCUUUAAGACUUUCGAACUCUUUUCCCUCGAGGACAGCUUUCCUUCUAACAGCUUUUGUUUCUCAUCAAGGAUCGUAUGGAUAUCGGUGACCUGACAUGGACUUUGAUGGAAGAUAAGUGCACAUGACUUGCAGCAACCUUCUUCAUGAGUGAUGCAGAAGGAUUUUACCGAUUCCUGAUGCCUCUCACAAUACCACUUUUUGUGUCCGAGUAGAUGAAUAUGACCUUUCUUCAGCGCACAGGCGUGACAUAUUCUUCUUCUCACUUGGUUGAUAUAAUGAAUUAAUACAGGAUGUCCGUGACAACAUGUCUCUUCGCAUUUCAUUCCGCUAUCGCUGCCUGUAGCCAUUGCCAUGGCGGAUUAUGCCUUGGAGUUACGAGAUGUGGUCAUCAAAGACAGAUGGCAUUGCUUGUGUGAGCCUUUUUUUU